UUUGUGUAAAGCGACGGAGUAGUAGACUCGAUAUGACGGCGCCCGGCUUGACUCGCUCCGCACAGAAGAAGCAGCCCACAAGCUUUAAUAUUUAUAGAGCAGGGCAGUUCAGUUAAUCAGUUCCCUUAACUGAUAACUGAUUAAUUGUUGGUUUUAGAUUUAUUGUGGACUUUAUAUAUAUUGGAAAUUUUCGAUGGCUGUCAGCAUAAAAACCGAUUCCGGAAUGGAAGAAAUGUCUGGCAACGAAGGUGUUGAUAUUGACCUUUAUGCGGACGAUAUAGAGCAAGAUUUCAAUACUGAUGAGUUUGCCGGCGAUGGGGUUGACCUUUAUGACGAUGUGAUAGCCACUGCUGGUAGCGCUGAUGGAGAAAAUAGUCAUGGAGGGAUGUCCACAAGUCCUUCAACACCUGGAGGAAACUCAUCUAUGCAUAAUAACAAUGUGUCGAAGGCUAACAGUGUGAGUUCCGAGAGGGAUAGUCGUGAUGGAAUCACUCCUUUAAGAAAACAUCAAGUCUAUAUUGGAGGGCUGACCUGGUGGACAUCGGACCAGUCCAUAAAAGAUGUCCUCGCUGAUAUUGGUGUGAACGACUUUAUUGAAGUUAAAUUUUAUGAGAAUCGAGCCAAUGGACAGUCGAAAGGUUACUGUGUCCUGACUGUUGGAUCAGAUGCUUCAUUGCGAGUAAUUCAUGACAAGCUACCAAAGAAAGAAAUACAUGGACAAAGCCCUGUUGUGACGCCACCAACCAAACAAGCCUUAAAUCAGUUUGAAGCUCAAUCCAAAACUAGGCCUACUCCAGGACAAGGGAAUAAUAUGAACAACCAGAACAAUAGUAUGAAUAAUAUGAACAAUAUGAAUAAUAUGAGUGGUAUGGGUGGACCGAGGGGACCUCCAAUGGGUGGCCCGAUGACUGGACCUGGAGGGCCUAUGGGAAUGGGAUUCGGGCCAAGGGGUCCUAUGAUGAUGGGACCUAUGCACAGAGGUCCUAGAAUGCCACCAGGAAUGCAACGAAAUAUGGGACCUCCAAAUCAACAAGGUCCUCCACCCCCUGGCUUCAACAAUCCAAAUAGGCCACCAAUGGGUCCUGGUCCUCAAAACAUGCAGGGGCCUGGUCCCGGACAAAGACCUCCAAUGGAGCCAUAUUUUCAAGGCCCUGGUCCGAUGGGUCCACAGAGUGGACCUCCUCGAGGACCACCCAUGGGACAUGGACAUGGUGGAAUGGACCCACGUGGACCUCCUCCAAGAAACGAUUGGAAUCGUCCUCCAAUGAAUGCGUAUCCACCUCAACAUGGCCAAGGACCUCCCGGACCUGGUCCAAUGCAGGGACCUGGACCUAAUCGCGGUCCUCCUCAAGCACCCCCAAUGCUUCCAGGACCCCCACCCCCCGGAGCACCUGCUCCACAUAUGAAUCCAGCCUUCUUCAACCAAGGUCCUGGUCCUCAAGGCCCCCCUCAAAUCGGUCCCCCACCAGCGUAUGGAGGCCCUCCUGGUCCACGGGGUGGACCUGGAUAUGCACCACCUAUGGAUCAUCGUGAUCAGCCGCCGCAAAUGAGUGAAGUUGAAUUUGAAGAGGUUAUGAGCAGAAACCGGACAGUAUCCAGUUCAGCAAUUUCGCGUGCUGUGCAGGAUGCAGCAACAGGUGAAUUUGCCAGUGCAAUUGAAACUCUUGUGACAGCAAUUUCUCUCAUCAAACAAUCCAAAGUGUCAAACGACGAUAGGUGCAAAAUCCUCAUUAGCUCUUUACAAGACACACUUCAUGGUAUUGAAACUAAAGGAUAUGGGCGCCGUGAAGAUCGGUCCCGUUCUCGCGAGCGUCGCAGUCGACAUGGCGGAAGUGGAGCUGAUCGUGGUGGUAGACGUGAACGGUCUCGCAGCCCACGUGAGCGAGAUUAUGGAGGCAGCAGUGGAAGGGACAGAAGCCGAGAACGUGACCGAGGAUACUAUGAGUAUCCUCGAGAUAGGUCUCGUAGCCGGGAAAGAGAGUACCGAGAACGAGGCCGAGAAGAAAGCGAGAAAAUUGCAAAAUCACCUCGACCUCGACUCAUUCACUCAGCGGCUGAUAAGAGAAGACCAAGUUGAAACUUAUACGAGAGAGCUACUUGUUAAUUCUUGUAUACUGUCCACUGAUAUAUGCUACUUAAUUGAGUCGAGAGUAAUUUUGACCAAUGACGCAUAACUAUGUUUUUUUAUACCUAUUUAUUCUUAAAGUCAGUGUUUCACCACCCAAUUGUUGGCCCUAUUCACCUCUUGCUCUUAUUUACUGUAUUUACUUAUUAUUAUGAUUAUUAUUAUGAAUAUUAUUACUAUUUCCAGCAGAAUGCAUUCAUUCUGCAACCUUCCUAAUAGAAAUGGGCGACUUUUAAAAAUCUAUUCUAUUAGUAAGAUUGAUUGCUGUGUAUGACACAAAGCUGCUUUUGUUUCUCUAUUUUAUUUCCUUAUCUCAAUUCAACUUCCUACAAUUUUCGCUGCCACUGUGCUAUUUUAUCUUUAAUAUUAAUGCUAGAAAAUUAUUGACUCAGUAUCUGCACAGGGUAUUAUUUUAAUGCUAAUAAUUUAUUGUUUCAGUUACCUGCAGCACCUUACUGUUACUUCUCAUUAGUGUGCCAAUGUGAAAGCAAAUUCAGAUGGAAUUCUUAUAGCAUUCCGAGCAGUGUUAGGAACAUAAUUCCUUUAGGAAUGCCAUGAUAAUGUUGUCUGAAUCCGCUUUCAUGUGACAAUUUUCAGUAUGACUAUUUCAUUUGACAUGUAAAUGUAUUUGUACAACCAAGAGUAUUAUAAUCCACGUACCCACGCGUGGUUGAUGAAUUGUUUGUAUUAUAAGUGGAGACAAAUGAGACUGAUUAUAAUGCCAUAAUGUGAUACAUAACAUACUAUUUGAUAUUAUUUGUUGUUUUUGAUAUGAUGUAAAAUGAUGUAAAUGUGAAUGUGUUUUUACAUUACACUUUAUUAGUGGGACCACCGCCAGAAAUUAUUAUGAGGAACGGGAAAGAUAUACGAGGGAUCGCAGCGAACGGGAGCGUCGUGUGGACCCCGACCGCAGUAGAGAGCGUGAG